UUCAAUCCUGCUGCCUUUUGAGUUUCUGUUAUUUAUACAAUUUAUUUUCAUUUCUCUGUGGCAGUGUGAUAUUCAGAAGUGUCAUAAUACAAUUUCAUUAGAUGUUUUUUUGAGAAUGAGCGACGCAGGUCCGGAGCGCGAUGAUCCUGUGGACGGUCCGGAUAUGAAUGAGGACGAUGAGCCUGAUAUAAGAGAAUUAGAGGGGGAAAGUGAUGGCGAUGCUGGGCAGUUGUCCCCACCCUCAGAGAGACGCUCACCAAGCAAGGAUGGUCCGCGGCCAAAGACUGAAGACGACAAUGACUUUCUCAUUCUUGAUCCAAAUCACCCAAUGGUCCGGAGACAACAAACUGCACUGAACAAGCAGCUGAUCAAACUGCUGGAGAUUCUCAACAUGGCGCUGAAGGAAGAGCUGGCCCUGGAGAAGGUGGACACCAUCAACGACGAGGAGAUGGGCGCAGAGAAGUUCAGGAUUCAGAAGCUGUUGGACAGAUCGAAAAAUCGGCUUGUGCAUUACCAUCAGAGCAAAGUCCAAGCUGAAUUAAAUCGUCGGGAAGUUCAAGAAGCACUGGAGACCAUGAAGGAUUCAGUUCUCACUGGCCAAGUCAUGAGUGCGAGAGAAAACGAGUCCAAACUACGCAAAGAGAUGGAAAACCUGACGCUGCAGCUCAUGUCCACACAACAAACCAGUGACGAGCUCCAAUCCAACGUCAAGGUCUUGAAGAACAAGAACAACAAAGAGAAUGUGGAGAAGGCUCAGGCUGAAGACCAGAAGCAGAAGCAGGAUCGCUACGUGAACGGUCUGAUAAAGGAGAUGGAGAGACUGAACGAGCAGAUCGCCCUGUACGAGGCCUUGACCAUUGACAAAAACAGGGAGACUCGGUCUGCGAAAGAGGCUCUUCUGGAGACAAAGAUAGAUUUGGAGUCCCUGGCGAUGGAACGCAAACAGCUGAUGCAGCAGUGGAACAACACGCUGGUUCACAUGAGAAAACAAGACGAGUCCUUCAGCGCGCUGUUGGAGACGCUCAGUAUGGUGGAGCAGCAGCUGAGCCUGCAGGACAGGGAACAGGAAGGCUUGAGGAAGCUCAUCACCCAGGAGCAGGAGCUGAACGAAUCCCAGACCUUGCAACUGAAACUGUCCCAGCUGCACUGCGCCACUGCCAGUCGAGCCAUCAUGCAGAAGCAGAUGGAGCUGAGAGCUCUGCAGACGACGUUCAGCACGUAUGUCCGCAGCACACGGGAGACGGAGAAGACCCUGAAGCGACUUAACAAGGAGGGUAGCAUGUACCAGUCUGAGCUGGUUGACCAGAGAAAGCAGCUGGAGAGGGCCAACGCCAAACGCCUGGAGUUGGAGAACAAGAUCAUGAACCACAUGCAGCAAAAUCUGACUCAUUCCAUGGCGGCCAAGUACUCCAAACUUCUCAUCGACAAGAUUGUCUCCAUGAAGGAGGACACGAACUUCCAACUGAAGCAGCUGGAGAAAGACAUUGAAGCCGUCGGCAUGGACGCAGCAGAGCUCAGCCAAACGCUUCAAAGCCUCACAAUGACACUCAAGACUCUGGAUGAUGAGGUUUCCAGGUGCCUCAAUACAGUGUCUGCAAACGAUUCCAAGAUGUUUUCCUGCAUGACCCUCAUCGAGCAGAAGCAGACCACCAUCACCAAUCUCAACAGGAAAAUUGGAGAGAUAGUUGCCAGGACUGGGGUGGAAGACCUCAGUCCUCUCCAAAUCAAGGUGGAAGCCAUAUUGGCGCAGAUAAAGGAGGUCACAGAUGUUAUUGAGAAUGACAACCUGGUCUGGACGAAAAGGCAGGAAACGCUCGUCGCUCUGAUGAGGGAGCUGCAGAUGAACAGCAAAGAGAUGCACACGAGGCAGACGCAGUACAGUGUUAGGAACCAGAAGAUCUUUUCUCUCGAGAAUCAAGUCAAGAUGGAGCAGGUGGAAGACCAAGAGUUGUCCAGUUCCACCAAAAUGCUGCAGGGAGACUUGCUGAAGCUCAACUGCCUACUGAACAAGAAUGGAGAGCGCAGCAUGGCCCUGGAGCAGGGGAACGCACUCAUGGAGUCGGACAUAGUUCACAAACUGAAGGUAGAAGAACGGGAGACCAUAGAAAUCCAGAUGAGAAAGGAGCGAACCCAGGAGGAAAAGGAAUCAUUACUUGGAAGUUUGCUGGAGGCUGAACCACAGGUUGUGCUGUGGGAGAAGAAGACGGAACUGGUUAAAGAAACUUUGAAUGUUGGGUCCGAAGUACAGACUGAAAUUCAGAUGAUGAAAACUGAGAUCCACCGCAUGGAGGUGCAUCUGAGCCAGCUGACAAAGCACCAGGAAUACCUGCUCAGCAAAAGCGAGGAAACAGCAUCAAAGUGGGGCUCCCUCAUCGAGCGUAAUGUCUCAAUGAUGCGAAUCUCUCAGAAGCAGAUGACCAGUGCUCGGCAAACCCUCGUCCUCAGCAGCAUGAAGCGCAAGCUCCAGGAAACUCACAAGGAUAUUGACAAUUUUGGGACUGCCGUUAGCGAACUGCAGAAGAGCCAUGUAAGUAUGAAUAACAGGCUUGAUCUGCGGAGACAACAACUGAAGGAGCUGCAGGCUGCCUGUGAUGCCCUUCAGCAAUCCUUCUCAGAUCUGCAGGACACCAAGGACAGAAAUCUCGCCCAGCUGGUGACGCUGCAGGGCUGGAAUAAGAGGCUGCAGAGUGUGUCUGCUGGCAAGUACAAAGCAUCAUCGGCUCGUGAUGCAGUGGACCAAGCUCUGCAGAGCCAGAAUGGGAAAGUGGGUUCCACAAGUCUCCUGUUAACACAUGUUCUCAAAGAGUUCCCCCAACAUCUGGAAGUCCUCCGCAAACCAACACAAAUGCUGAAAGGAUGCUCACAAGCCCUGGAGUUGGAACCAUGCUAGGGAACAGAAGUGUCUCAUCUGAACCUUUUGUAGUCUGCGACCAAGCCUGAUGCUUGGUUACACUGAAAAUACCAAAAUACCAUUGCACAGACUGGCAGGCAAACUGGAUUGUCGACAGGGUUUCCUGCUGCGCCUUAUUGUCAAAGAGCAACUAUUUACUGAUUGGAGUGUCUUUUAAAAUGGUAGUGGAUCCCUAUUGUAAUAUGAUAUUAAAGAUUUACAUAAGAAAAUAUGCAUGAGCCCCAUCAAAAACACUUGAAUUGGACCAGUACACUGACUUUCUGAGAAUGGUUUUGACUUUUCUUGUGAUGAACUGUUAACUUCAGAAACAUAAGGAAACUUAACACACAUCAAUCUGUGCCACAAUGACAAAUGUACAGCAUCUUGCUUUGAAUGAAGAUGGAAGGGAGGUCUGGCACCUAAUAUUUUCCUGCUUCUUAAAUUAUUGUCAAAAAUAAAAAGAUUUCUAUCAAUCCAUCCUCAAUUCCACAAAUGUAUUUUGGUAUCUUGACGGAAAUUUAUUCAAGCCCCUUCGUGGCACAUCGCACCCCUCCUCAAGCCAGCAGUGAAACAGCUCAUCCAACCUGCAACAUCAGUCUGGCACACUACAUUCACCAAAAAUGCUUUGAUGAAAGAUUGCAGCAUACCUGCUUCUC